CUUGGCUUGCUCUUGAACCUUGACUUUUCGACUUUUGCAACAACAACACCAAAGAGCAACCCAACUCAGCGAAGGAUUUUUUUUUACUCGGUUGUGUGAUGCGCUACCAUCUUGCUCCACUCGAUUUUUUUUCCAUUACGGGGCUUGUUGGGGCUGCUUGAUUGAUUGAUUGAUUUGAUAAGAGACGACACGACGAUGGAGUCGCGCAAAGACGAAGAAGCGACAAUAAAAGUGGCUUCGAUGAACAAGAAGCCCAUGACGCCGUUGCGGGGGGGGAAAGGCGGAGGGGGGGUGGAUGGGAAGAUUAAACUGAAGAAGCCCGGGCCGAGGUUCAUCAAGCCGGGGAGUUGGAAGGAGGGGGGGGUUGUGGAGGAUGAUAAGAAGAAGACAAAAGAAACCACCACCGCCGCCGCCGCCGCGUCGUCCCCCAGCCCCGUGGUCAACCAGCUUGACGAGGCCUCCCGCGAGACGUUUUCUACCGGCCGACCGCUUGAUGAUGUACCCGAGCUUCAGUCUUGCAAGCACUGCAAGCAGGGGGUUACGAGGAUUGCGGCCAAGGAGCAUAUUGCGCGGUGUUUGAAGAUUAAGAAGGAGAAGGCGCAGAGGAAGAAGGAGGCUAGGGAGGCGAGGGAGAGGGCGAAGCAGCAGGAGGAGGCGAGGAAGAUUGAGGGGGAGAACGGGGUUGGUGGGGAUGAUAGUGAUGAUGAUGAUGGGGAGGGGGGGAAAGUUGGGGGUGGUGGUGGUGGUGGUGGUGGGACGGCAGGGAAGACGGCGAAGAGGGUUGCCGGGAAGAAGACGGAGGUUGGGGGGAAGAAGAGGAAGGCUGAUGGGGAGAUGGGGGGGAAGACGAAGAAAAAGAAGGAGGAGCCCAAGGGGAAGGUGGCUAAGCCGAAGGGGCCGGUGGAUGUGGAGAGGCAGUGUGGUGUUACGCUUGCUAAUGGGCUGCCUUGCGCGAGGAGUUUGACUUGUAAGAGUCAUAGUAUGAGCGCGAAGAGGGCGGUGCCGGGGAGGAGCUUGCCGUAUGACAUGUUGUUGUUGGCGUAUCAGAAGAAGAAUCAGGCCAAGCAGCAGAAGGCGGCGAUUGAUGCGAAUGCGCCUUUGGAGGAUGAGGAUGAUGUGAAUGCCGCGGCGGUGGACAGUGAUGAGGAGACGGCUGCGGUGAUGGCUGCGCUGGCUCAUUGGAAUCCGCAGCCGGUGGUGCCGCAGCCGGUGUUUACGCCGAUUAAGAGGCAGUAUCAGCUUUCGAGACUGCAUGAGCAGUUGCAGACGGCCACGAAUGGUGGGCGGGUCAAUAUCUUCAAGGUCAGCGGCUUCGGCGCCCAGAGGCUUCCGGAUGGGCAUCCGGGCCUGUUUGAUGCCGAGGAUGCCCCGGGGGAGCCUGACAUCAUCAUGGGUGGUACCGACUUUCAACGACGCUCGUCGACUCCGCCUGGUAUUGCAUCGUCGCCUCCACCCCAGUUACCAAGAAACCAGUCAGCGUCUCUCCUUCCCCAGCGACGAGCUAGCCACCCGCUUACAGAAACAGGGUCGAAUACUGGCACGAUCCGGGGGAGACAGCAGCAGCAGCAACCGGAACCGCAACCGCGAUCACAACAGGCAUACCCAACACCGGUUCUAAAGUCGGAAUCUAUACCGAACCUCAACCCACCUCGAGCGAGACCAUCGCUGUCUCUGAAAGUGUCGAAGUCUCGGCCAAAUACACCCAACUUACCUUCUGUCCCAUCUCCCCCCGAACAAGAGAUGGGGGUCUUGGUGUCGCGGCCAGGGGAGGCUAGACCUAGGCAGCAGGGAUUGCCAACACCGGUUAUGCCUUGUCGACCGUCUCCCCUUGAGCAACCUGAGCAGUCUGAGCAACCUGAGCAACCAGAGCAACCUGAGCUACCUGAGCUCCCUGAGCAACCUGAGCAACCCGAGCAAGAGGACCCGCUCGUUGCUCAAGAACGGGCCAUUAUACUAGGAAGGCCCGCACAACCGGCUACGUCGUCACCCGCGAUGCAGUGGGUGCAGGUCCCGGUGGCAAGUAGUCCACAGACGCCUAACCCUCCUCCUACUCCGCGCCUUGGAUCGGAGGCGGGUUCACGCCGGGGGUCGAUAACAACACAAGGUUCUUCUCCAGUGUUGCCCAUGGCUGAACCUCCGGCCAGACCUCAAAAGAUUGUCACCUUACAAGUGCCCCCGCAACGAAAUCUUCUCCAACAGCAGCAGAAACAGCGGCGAGGCUCUCUUUCAUCCCACUUACCUUCGAGUCCAGUAGUGCCGUCUCAGGCAGUUGCAAUGGCGCCUCCUGAGCUGAACCCGGAGACAGUUCCGGCAUCACCCAUCGCACGGCCUGCUUCACGGGCACGACCCACACAUAUCCAAUUACCGCCACAGCAAGUACCCGCAAACUGGGCAGGAGUGCCCCCUCAUCUUCGGCUUCCAAGCCAGGUCUUGCCAUCGCAACUGAACACACAGUUUGCACCACGCCGCUUCUCUCAAUCACACAUCGACCCAUCCACUAGCCACGCAGCCCAUUAUCGACUUGCCCAGUUUCGGGCGAUGCAGCAACAAGCCGGGUUUGCUCAUCAACUAGAGGCUCAGGCAGCUGGUUUUGCAAUGGCAGGGCCAGCCCACCCUAUGCCUAUGAUAAGGCGGGCAUCAGAUGCUCAGCCGCCGGUGUCGCCAGUGUCGAGGACGAUGUCGAUGCCGUUAGCGAUGCCGGGCUUGUCUCCGUCACAGGUGGAGGCGAGGUCGAGGCAGCUGGUGCAUGGCGACUUUGUGGGAGGAAACACGGGGGUCGAGUUUAUGAUGCAGCAGACGCAGGGGUUUGCCGGGUACCCAGGUCACCAGCAGCAUUAUCAGCAAGAACAACUAUUUUUACCACAUCAACAGAAUCCAUUUCAGGGCCAGCAGUAGGAGGAGCUGGACUAUGUGAUGGGUGCUGGGGGGGUUGAGUCUAUGAUGCACGGGUUUGUUGUGUACCCUGAUCAAGAAGAUUCUCGAUACCCGCCUUAUCGGCGAAACUAAUAUCAUGGCCAAGAAUAGGAAUACCUGGCUUAGCGGACAUAUCCUUUUCUGUGUUUUUGCCACAAGGAGGAGUGGCUUUUCGAUGUUAUAUACCCCUUUGCUUUCCUUUUCUUCUUUUCUCAGGGUGAUUGUCGUUAUCUCGACAUUGCUACUAUUAUAUCCAUGUUUUUCGGUCGGCAUUUUUUUUAUACAUUUUUCCUACGAAGGUUCCAGGACAGCAAUCAAUGGGGAUGGAUAUUUUUCUCGGGGUCAAAGAGGGGGGAAGCGAAACGGCGUUUUGGCUUUGAUUGUUUACCGUCCUUUCUUUUGCUGGAUUUCUGUUUUUUUUUUUUGUUUUACUUCAAUUUGUUAGUUUGGGCAAAAAGGCUGGGCCAGCUCUGGAUUUGACGCAAGGAAUUGAUGGUUGCUUGGCUUUGAGUCGUGCUGGAUUACCCUAUAGAAGGGGAUUUGUUUCUUGGGGGAAGUGUUUAAUCAGUUGUUUUAUUAGAGGAAAUGGGGGGGUGUACACUAUAGGGUUUGUCAUUGCAGGGUGAGAAAGCAGGAAUUGAUAUUUUUGACUGUUUGUGCUUGUGGUGUUGAAAGUGAAGAUGUGUGUGUGUGGUGGUUUGACGAG